CAUAUAAUAGAUAUCCAAAAUAAUCGAUGGUCAGGUUAUGAAGAGCCUUUUAUUUCAAAGGCUCUUAAUGAAAUUCUUCGUCUUCCUGGGGAACCGCCCUCUUUUAAACAAAUUAAGAAAGAUAUUGAAGAUCUGCGUAUACGAAUUGAAGAUCUGCCCACUCUUAGACAAAUUGAAGAGGUUAUUACAAAUCUUAAGGAUUUGAAAGAAUUAAAAAUCUGA